UAUACGAAACUGAAGUUUGUCAGGAGAAAAAUCACAAUCGAUCUCUGACCGCUCAGUAACACAGUAACAUUCAUCUAGUGCCUUACAGUGACUUAGUAUACACAAAGAGCCUAUCGUCGUAAACACGUGAAUCCAAAUAGUGCAAUCCGCAUACCACAGAUUUAUAGCGACGGAAAUUUUCUCUACAGUUUAACACUUGCAAAUCUUCAAGAUGUUUCCGAUGAUUUCGCGAAUGCCGGGGGGAUCUCGCCGAUCCUUCAACACUCAUUUCAAGUGCUACUCAGCGUCCAUGUUACCUGGAAUCGAUCGUCAAGAUAUCGAACAAGGUGGAAAGAUCAUACUGCCACCAUCAGCGCUUGAUAUUCUCACGAGAUUGAAUACCGUCUACCCGAUGUUGUUUAAACUGACGAAUAGAAUAACCCGUAGAGAGACCUACUGCGGUGUACUCGAAUUUAUCGCUGGUGAAGGAUUGGCAUACCUUCCUUGCUGGAUGAUGCGCAACCUGCUUCUCAAAGAAGGAGAUAUCUUGAAUGUGAUGAGUGUAUCACUACCCGUGGCAACCUAUGCUCGCUUUCAACCUCAGUCGGAAGAUUUCUUGGAAAUUACGAAUCCGAAAGCUGUUCUGGAAAAUGGAUUGAGAAAUUUUGCUUGUCUAACCGCUGGAGAUAUAAUAGCUAUCAGUUACAAUUCGCGUAUUUAUGAAAUGUCCGUACUGGAGACUAAGCCAAAUCCAGCUGUUACUAUCAUUGAGUGCGACAUGAAUGUCGAGUUUGCUCCUCCAGUUGGUUACAAGGAGCCUGAAAAGCCUGUGUCGGAAGAAGAGAACAGCCUGGGUUCGGUAGACAUGAUGCCAGAACCCACUGGAUUCGUUGCUUUUAGAGGACAAGGCAACCGAUUGGAUGGCAAAAAGGGCAAAGAGUCUGCGCCCACAGAUAAUCCAUCAGCUGACAAACCAGUUGUUUACGUCAUGGGCAUACCCGAUUACGCUUAUACUGUAGGAACUUUGAAGUUCAUGCGUAAUGUGAAACCAUCAGCAAACGUGAAAGAGGUGAAAGAUAAUGAAGAAUUCAAAGCGUUUUCAGGAAUAGGAUCUGUCUUACGCUAGUUUAGAAAGUUAGUGAAUCAACGUCUGUUAUGCUACUAAGAACAGUAUUUAUUGGCUGUGCUUUAGAUUUGUAGAAAGAUAAAGCGUGUUGUGUUUUAAUCAUCUACAACAGAUAAUGUAUUAAUAAAUUGCAUGAAAUUGUUCAAAGAGUCAUGGCAAAACAUCAAAUUAAAUAGAACAUAGAAGCUUGACUCGCUUGACAAUACAAAUUUUCCCAUAAUGGAUGCCUACAUAAAGCUUUUUGUACUUGACAUUUGAAAUUAAA